UACAUUUCGACUUAAUGUUCAAUAUUACUAGUGGCACUCUGUCCUUACGAACAGUAAAUCAUUGGGUCUGACUCUUUUGAUUUAAUGCAAUUUCAUCAUCGAUAGUGAAACAACCACCACAUAAUCGUCAACUCCCCCCUACAAAACAUGAAUUUAUUUGUGGUUUAUCCUCUAGCUAUUUGGUAUUAGGUGUGAUCCUGACUUGGAAUGGCCAUUAAGUUACACAUUGUUUUAGGUCCAGUUAGUUUGGAAGUUGUGGUAAAUGGGGGAGUGUGAGCGCGUGUCAUGAGAUGCUGCAGGUGUUGAUAUGGGGAUGGAUAGGCUACCACUGCCUUUAAUUACUACGCUCUGCCUGCACCUACCUCAACUGGUACUCUGCUGCCUCGCUGUGGUGAGAGCACUAACACACUGAACAUGAUGGACAAGGAUGCUCCAUAUAGCCAUUCAUCACUGUCCAGGAUGGAUGUAAUACAGAAUGACAAGAUAUGGUUUGAUAUCUCUUCUGAAACUGGGGUGGGGUUAUUGAGUUCAGGGUUGUGUAAUGGUUGCUUCCAUGUCAGUCCUCAAAGAUGAAAUUGCAUAGAAUCGAAUGAAUCACAUCCAAUGAUUUCCCGCUUUGGACAUUGUUUUGAAAAUGAUUCUCCAUAGCUGCCAUACCUUUGAUGUCAUAAACUGUUACAGAAUUACCCUUCCUUAUUAUAAACUCUGAUUAAAACUAUGGAGUUCAUUGACCUACAACACAUGUGUGUGUAUUUGCCCUUAAAAUGAUAUUGCUAGAUGGAAGAAAAUAAUAAGAUAGGCCUAAACUGUAAUAAGAUGUACUUUGAAAGAUACUAUAAAUAGCAGGAGACAUACCUGGGUUCUAGACUGGUAUUUAGGGCAAGCAUUUUAGGAUUAUACAUAUGGUUAGUGUCAACUUCUACUUACACGUUAAAGCUCAGCCAUGUUGCUACAUGUUUACUCAUUGACUUCAAGUAGAGCAUUGUUUGUGAAUCUGAAUAAAAGCCUAAUAAAAGUGUGUCGCCCCCAGUUUGGGCAGCACUGCUACACUGCUUUUUUGGGCUAAAGGUGUUUGUGACACGUGCAUGUGUUCCAGUGAUGUCAUAAUUGUUUGUAGGUUCUAUGUUGCCUAUCAACUUGGCUGUCCUUCAGAAAGUAGAUAAUACUUGUAUUUUCAAACGAUUAAUAAAAAUACUCACAACAAAACAAACUAAAUAGAUUUAAUCCAUUAAUAUGAUAUUGCCAGAUGGAAGAAAAUAACAAGGUAGGCCUAAACUGUAAUAAGAUAUAUCUUAUAGACUGCUUCAGUGCAUUUGGAAAGUAUUCAGACCCCUUGACUUUUUACACAUUUCAUUUUUUACGUUACAGCCUUAUUCUAAAAUGGAUUACAUACAACAUUUUCCUCAUCAAUCUACACACAAUAUCCUAUAAUGACAAAGCAAAAACAGUUUAGACAUUUUUGCAAUUUAAAACGGAAAAAAACAGAAAUACCUUAUUUACAUAAGUAUUCAAACCCUUUGCUAUGAGACUCGAAAUUGAGCACCGGUGCAUCCUGUUUCCCUUGAUCAUCCUUGAGGUAUUUCUACAACAUGAUUGGAGUCCACCUGUGGUAAAUUCAAUUGAUUGGACAUGAUUUGGAAAGUCACAUACCUAAGGUCCCACAGUUGACAGUGCAAAAAUCUAUUUUAAUUCCAGGUUAUAAGGCAACAAAAUAGGGAAAAUGCCAAGGGGGGUGAAUACUUUCGCAAGCCACUGUAAAUGGUUCAGUUCACAUAAACAGUCAUUAUUUUCAGUUUGAGAGAUCAUCCCGGGCUUUGCCCCGUCUGCUGUAGCUGAGAUGUCCCUGGAGGACAUAGAACAACAAGACUAUGAUGUUUCUGACACUGAGACAGUCAGAGCCUUGUCCCAGUCUCUAGACCUGCCUGUCUGUGUGGUGGAUGACCACCUGACCUCUGAAGCUGUCAAUGAGAUGAAGCAAAGCAGCACUGUGGAAACCACAGAAGAAGAGAGCCUCAACAGUGCCAAAAAUCUUGAGUCUUUUUCACUGAUUAUCAACUUCCUGCAGAACCUAACUGAGGAGCAAUGGAGUAGGAUUCGUAAUGGCAUUUCUGACCCGCUGACAAAACAACAGCUUGCCGGCUUGUGUCUGAGGAUUGUCCAGUUUUUAUCGGACAAGCUGAUGCAGAUCAUCAUCCCAGGUCUUUACGAACUACUGGGCAUCCAAGAUGCUGCCUCUCCAUUGUCACAGAGAUCUCUCACAUCGUCACUCACCAGUCUGUUAGACGAUAAGGUUAACACCAAGUCCCGCGUGAGAUUUACUGAGGCUGGUGUACCUAAGAGGCCAGGCAGUCGAAAGUCUUACAAUAGCUUUCGCAUCCCGACUCCCUACCCUUCCUCCAACUGUAUGGAUCAGGAAGAGGAAGAAGAGCAGGAAUCACAACAACUUAAGUUCAAGGAGAUUUACCUGACUAAGGAGAUGGGCAGUCUGGGCAGUGGAAGCUACUGCCCAAAACCAUUGCCCAAGCCAGCCAUGAGAACCUCUCUGUCUGAUGUGCAGAAGAAGACAACCAACUCUGACUCGCUACAAGUCCUCUUAGGUGUCUCAGAGGACACCCUCGUCACCUGUGUGCAGGACAGCCUGCAAGGUUCUCUCUCCAAACUUGCAUGCAUGUCCAAUUCUCCAUCUGGAAGUGCAGGCUCUCCGAAGAUGACCCCUGCUGUAAUGGCAGAAGUGAUUAAAGAUGUCAAGUCGGCCGUAUCAGUGGUCGUUAAGAGUGCCUCCGCUAGCCAAACCUCUCAAGUGACACCGGUAAGGGGAGACUCACAGACCAAGGUGACUGAGAGCAUGGUGAGAGAGCUGGCUGCUAAACUUGAAAAAGUUGACCAAGAGAGCAAGAGUCUAACAGGGCAAGUCAUGACCAUGAUCUCUGACACAAUGGUGGCUUUUGUUGACGAGAACGAACAGAAUUUGCUGAAAGAUCUGAAGGACAAGAUCACGUUUUUGGCAUCGCAUGUUGGCUUCAUUGACGAUCUUGAUGCCCUGUUAGAUUGUAUUAGAAAACUCUCAAGUGAGGAAUUCAAGAGAGACACCACUCAAGCAGUGAGUGAGUUCCUAGUUAAAAGGUCCAACAGUAGCUUAACUAGUGCACAGCCUGCUUAUUCUGUAGCAUCCAGGUCUUGUUCCGUUCAAAACCAGAGAACCUUGUCAAAGGAUAUUUGUGCGGAUUCUCCUGCCUUUGGCAUCAUUGACACAUUUGUGGAAGACCUGCAGAGCUUGGCGCAACCUGCAGAAGUAGAGGAGAGAGAUCCUGACCUCCAGGAAAAUGCACAAAAGCGAAAGAGCAGGAUCUGGUCUGCUACCACUAGUUUAUAUAAAAAUAUUAAGAAGACAUUAAAGGGCUUCACCAUUCACCGGCGGAGGUCAGACGUGCAGAGAAGAAUGUCUAGCCAUACACCCACAGAGGACUCUGGACAUCUUGUGACUAAGGAGUACCUUGGUUUGGCAAGCCAGAACUUGACGCAAGCUAGUAAGAGUGUGCCUCACUUGCCCAGUUUGAACCAGGAAGUGACUCUACACACGGGUGUCAGCGAGAGUUCAAAACUUCUCUGA